CAUCAAUCUACACGGGGGGACUCCGCGGCUCUGAUACGAUUGAUCACUCGCCUGCAACAGAUACCUAGUAUAAACCAAUAGAUUAGGCGAUUGGCAAAGAUGUUACUCAACGAAAAGACUGCCAUUUCCACCUCCAAGGUGCUGCUUGUACCGUACUCCAAGUGGCAUGUCCCCAGAUAUCAUGAUUGGAUGAAGGAUGAGGAAAUCCAAGAAGCCACGGCUUCUGAACCCCUCUCCCUAGAGGAGGAGUACUCCAUGCAACAAAGCUGGCGCCAGGACCCGGACAAACUGACCCUCAUCGUCUGCCAACCUACAACAACAACGAGCUCCUCCGAGUCCGGAGGAGGCGAGGUCCAACUCGACGACCAACUCGACGACGACCCCAGCCGCAUGGUGGGGGACAUCAACCUCUUCCUCCGCGUCGACGACGGCGAAGAAGGGGAGUCCGACCCGCAACUCGUCGGGGAGAUCGAGCUCAUGAUCGCCGAGAAGCGCAACCAACGGCGGGGAUUCGGCAAGGCCGCGCUCCACACCUUCCUCCGGUUCAUCGUGGACCACGAGGCCGAGAUCCUGGAGGAGUUUGUGGCGGGCGAUGCCGCCGCGUCGCAGGCCCUGACGGGUGCCGGGUUGCAACAGCGGCCGUGGAGGUUCGCGUGCCUGAGCGUGAAGAUCGGACAGGCCAAUGAGCGGAGUCUGGCGCUGUUUGAGGGCGCCGGGUUCCAGAAGGUCACACCGGAGCCGAACUAUUUUGGGGAGUUUGAGUUGCGGCGGUUGCGGGAGAGUUUGGAGCGCGCGGCAGUGGAUGAGAGUCUUGAUGGGGCUGGGGUUCGGGGGUAUGCUGAGUUGGCGUAUACGAGGGUUCAGUAAGGGCUACCGGUCAUCUAUCAUUGAUUGGGCUUAGGGGGGAAAGAGCGGGCUGCUGCUUCGAUGUUAAUCUACGGUCAUACCCCCCAGAUCCGCAACGUCACAUCUACAAUCUGCACAGCUUCCUGCAGUGAGCCGGUGUUGCUAUGCCAGACCAAACGACUGGUGAGUGACGACUGUAUGCUGUGCGAUCAUCGUCCAU